AAAAAACCAAGAUUCAAAAAAAAAAUGAAAAAGUAAUAAAGGGCGAGCCGAGACGAGAGCCCAAAGAUAGUUCCUCCCUGGAUUUGAUUUCCUCAAAUAUAAAUAAAUAAUCUUUAUCUUUCUCACUACUUCGUCUCUGUUUCUAUCUCUCUCUUCCAGAAUCCACCCCUCCCCCUUGUUCUUCGAUUUGAUUGACUGAUUAUUAUUGUAUUUGCCGUCGUUUGCCGUCUUUGAAGAACAUUAAAAACCUCCGCCAAUAUCUCUCUCUCUCUCUCGAUAUUUAUUUAUAAUUCUUUAAAGCCCUAAUUCUUUCUCCACACGGUUUCUUAACUGUUGACAGCCACCCCAGAUUCGAAUAUUUCUCAUCAGAAAAAUGUUUUCUUCAUCCAAGAAGAUAACUCGUUUCUUAUUUUCUGCUCUGAUAUUGGUGUUCGUCUUGGAUAAUUGAAUACUUGUUGGUAAUUUGGUGAUUAUAAUCAGAAUCAUCAUGGUGUUAUUCUCGACUAGUUUUCUGGUUUUCAUUUUUGUGAUUUUCUGUGUGUUUCUGAUAUUUAGAGUGUUCUUCAGAAGUAUUUCUCUGUUAUAUCUAUUCAAGAGAUUUUUCAUAUCAAUUGAUGAUAGGUUUCAUGUGUAUCAAUUCUACAAAGUUCCUGAAUUCAACAACAAUUUCGAAGAGAAUCAGCUUUAUAAAAAGGUGUCGACAUAUGUAAGUUCAUUAGCUUCGACUGAAGAUUCAGAUUUCGCGAAUUUGAUUUCAGGUAACAAAUCAAAUGAAAUCUCCGUUCAAUUAGAUUCAAAUCAAAUCGUUUACGAUACUUUUCUGAGCACGAGAAUCUCAUGGAAGAAUGAAGAAAAAGGCGGAGACAGAAACAAUUGUUGUAGAACUCUGGUAUUGAAAAUCAAGAAAAGAGAUAAAAGAAGAAUUCUUAGACCUUAUCUUCAGCAUAUUCAUACAGUUACAGAUGAAAUUGCAUUGAGAAGAAAAGAAAUCAAAUUAUUCACAAAUACAUCAGAACACCAUGAUCAUCGUCAUAAUAAUGGUACUUCUGGAAGGUGGAAAUCAAUUCCUUUUACUCAUCCAACAAAUCUUGACACAGUCGCCAUGGAUUCAGAUCUAAAAGACAAGGUAAAAUCUGAUCUCGAAUCGUUUCUUAAAUCAAAACAAUAUUAUCAUAAACUCGGACGUGUCUGGAAACGGAGUUAUCUGUUACAUGGUCAACCAGGUACAGGGAAAUCAAGUUUCAUCGCAGCAAUGGCCAAGUUUCUGAAUUAUGAUAUCUACGAUAUCGAUUUAUCAAAUGUUACUGAUGAUUCUGAUCUCAAAUUACUUCUGUUAUCAACCACGAAUCGUUCCGUCAUCGUUAUCGAAGAUUUAGAUCGGUUUUUAAAUGAAAAGUCAACAACGAUCAGUGUUUCAGGUAUAUUGAGCUUCAUGGACGGAGUUUUCAGCUGUUGUGGUGAAGAAAGAAUAAUGGUGAUCACAAUGAACAGUAAAGAGAAAAUUGAUCCAGCAAUAUUACGACCGGGACGAAUUGAUGUUCAAAUUUACUUCCCUCUGUGUGAUUUUAACGCAUUCAAAACCUUAGCAAAUUCUUAUCUUGGAUUAAAGGAUCAUAAAUUGUUUCCACAAGUUGAAGAAAUAUUUCAGAAUGGAUUAACAUUAAGUCCAGCUGAAAUCGGUGAGAUUAUGAUUGUGAAUCGUAGUUCGCCUAGUCGUGCUUUGAAAUCGGUUAUUACUGCUUUACAAGAUGGCAGAGGAUCAUCAUCAAAUGCGAAGAGAAAAUCAAUAUCAUUACAUCCAAGUAUUUCGACCCGAGAACGAGAAGAUGAUUCUUCUGAUUCACCUAAAGUCAUUUGCAGGGAAAGUGUUCAUACGGUUAGAGAAUUCAGGAAAUUGUAUGGAUUGUUGAGGUUGAAAAGUAGUGGAAGAAAAUCUAUUUCUUAUGAUAUCACUUCUGAAAAGGAAGGUUGAAGAAGAAGAAUUAUAUUGUCCGGUCGUGGAAAAGGCCAUGCAUCCAUGUAAGAAUCUUCUUCUUCUUCUUUGUUCCUUUUUUGUGACUUUGGGAUUGUUGUUUAAAUUUGGGGUUUAGGGUUUUUACUUAGAAAGAAAAUUUUAGAUUAGCAACCCUGUAAAUUAAAAAAAGAAGAAGAAGGUAUUAGUGAUUGAAGAAAAAUGUUAUAAAGAUUGAAGGGAAAAUCUUAGUUUGUGGUAUACAAUUUUAGUGAAAUUUUGUAAAUUAUUAUUAAUUUUUACUUGAUCAAAAUUUGGAUGUUUUUUAUUUUUA